GAGCCUCUUUUAAUCCUCUCUGAAUCCGAUACACGGGGACAGACACAGGAAGGGGACCUCAGCUCACGGCAGCAGACAGCAAACAAGGCGACCCGAGCAGCGCAGGACCGCGGCAGCCCCUCGGCACAGGACAGCUGAGCAAACAGCGGAUGCUGGGGCCCCGGCGACGGCCACGCUCCAGCCCGCUCAGUCGCAGGAGGGCUGCGCUCCCGGCUGCCCACCAUGAGGCUGCUGCUGCCUGUCCUGGCACUGGCCCUGCUCGCCCCAGCCCGUGCUGCUGAAGAGUCCUGCGAGGGUCGCUGCGAUGAGGGCUUCAACUCGCUGCAGAAGUGCCAGUGUGACACCCUCUGCGUGUACUACCAGAGCUGCUGCAGCGACUACUCCACCGUCUGCAAAACCAAAGUGACCCGGGGAGAUGUCUUCGCCUUGCCAGAGGACGACUACCUGGACUACGACCUCCCCAUCGACACCGGCACGGAGCCACCUACCAGGCCGGCAGCGCCCACAGGAGCUCCCACGGAGCCCCCCACGCCCCUGCCCACGGUGCCGGAGGACGAGUGGGGCACCGAGGAGCCGCUGCUGGAGACGGAGAGGCCCGUGCUGGAGCUGCCCACCACCUCCGACGGGGUCACGGAUGAGGAUGAAACCGAGGAGCUGUGCAGCAGGAAACCUUUCAACGCCUUCACCGACCUGAAGAACGGAUCCCUUUACGCCUUCCGAGGGAAGUAUUUCUACGAGCUGGACAAGAGCAGCGUGCGCCCCGGCUACCCCAAGCUCAUCAGCGACGUCUGGGGCAUCGAGGGCCCCAUUGACGCAGCCUUCACGCGCAUCAACUGCCAGGGCAAGACCUACCUCUUCAAGGGCAACCAGUACUGGCGCUUCGACGAUGGGGUCCUGGAUCCCGGGUACCCGCGCAACAUCUCGGAUGGCUUCGAAGGCAUCCCCAACAACAUCGACGCCGCCUUCGCCCUCCCGGCGCACAGCUUCCAUGGCAAUGAGCGGGUCUAUUUCUUCAAGGGCAGGUACUACUGGUCCUAUGACUUCGCCCACCAGCCCACGCAGGCUGAGUGCGAGAAAUCCUCGCCCUCCACCGUGUUCAAUCACUACGCCUUCAUGAACCGCGACAGCUGGGAGGACAUCUUCCAUGUCCUCUUCGGCAGCAGGAUGAUCGGGGCGAGCGGCCCGCGGUACAUCAGCAGAGACUGGCGGGGGGUCCCCGGGCAGCUGGACGCUGCCAUGGCCGGCAGGAUCUAUGUGGCAUCGCAGCAGCCCCGCCGGAGGAAGUCCCGCCGCCAGCGCAAGAGGUACAAGAGCCACCGCUCGCUGCAUUUGGGGAUCUGGAGCUGGCUGCAUAACGACUCCGACUCCAUGGACGCUGAGAGCGACUGGCUGUCGGGAUCCAAGUGCGAGACCCUGCAGAGCGUCUACUUCUUCGUCGGGGAUAACUACUACCGCGUCAACCUGCGCACCAAGCGCGUGGACCUGGUGCAGCCCCGCUACCCGCGCUCCAUCGCCCAGUACUGGCUGGACUGCCUGCAGCCCGGGGAGGAGAGCACCUGAAGAGGGCCCAGCACCACGGCCCGGAGCUAGACAGCAAUAAACCACGAGCGCCGUGCAGGCUGGAGGGUC